GCUGUCACAGUUUUUUUCUCAGACAUACUCAGUCAGGGAACUGCAUUGCAGAAGGAAGUCCCAUUGUGGAAGAUGAAUAUGCUCGACGUUAUUGGGCUGAAAUGGAUGACAACUGCGUACACUAUCGUGCUCGAUUCCGUUAUCUCGAUACCAAUCUAUUACACAAUUUCAAGACCGGAGGGUCGUUAGUGUCUAAUUAUGGGAAUAGCACUUUCCUUAAUCGUUUAUACAUAUAUGACAGCAAAAACCAGAAAGGAAAAGAGUUCGAAAACAAUAAUGAGCAUCGGUUCAAACAAACAGAUGCUGGAUCUUUGUUUCUUUACAACAGCACAGUGAACUCUUGUGCUCAGCCUAAUGACACUUAUGUUGAUCAGAAAAAAGAUGGAUGCAAAAACACAGCGGAACAAAAGUUUACUUUUG